UUCACACAAAUAUGAUCAAUACUUUAUCUCAGUAAAGUUUGAAUUAUGAAUUUAAGUUGCUUGUCAUAAAUUGUCAGAAAUGCAGGUUAAAUGUAAAUACUGGGGAGGAGCUGUAGUUCUUCUAGUUCUCCAGCAGGUGGAGACAUUUCUCUGCUUCACUUUGUUUUUCUUUUUCCCAUCAGCAGAAAAUGUUGGUGACAAACACCUGAUAUCCUGACUGAACUAAUUCAGUAAAUUAGAGAUUAAACAGACGAAUUACCAGAACAGUUUGAUGCAGAUUAUUUAUUCUCAUGUGAAACUCAGUGAGAGUUUAUUUGAUUUAACAUGUGGGAUUAUUUUAGAUUGCAAGAAGGAAAUCCAUAAUUCACUGCUAUGAAUCCUGUUGUUACUCAUAUUGUUAGUGAUGUUGAUCCUGAUGUUCUGCUGCCUCUCCUCCUCUUCCUCUCUCAGGAUGAAGAUGAUCUCCAGCAUCCUGCUGCUCCUCAUCCUCAGCUCAUGUCUCUGUGCAGCAACAUUUGUAGUGAAUGUGACACAGAGCAGCUAUCAGGCAGAGGAGAACCACAGCAUCACUCUGGAGUGGACCUUCACCAACAAGACUCAGGGAUCCUGGAAGAAUCUGUUCAUCUACUGUGAAGCGAACACUGAUCAUGGAGUCUUUGUUCUCUAUCAGGUCCAUGAAGGUGUUGAGAUUCCAGAAUCUCAGGAUGAACAGUUUUCAGGACGAGUCCAGAGUGACAAAGACGUCCUCAGAGAAGGACGAAUCAGACUCCAUGUGUCCAGACUGAGGACUGAAGACUCUGGUCUGUAUCUGUGUGACGUGAUGACAGAUUAUGGAUUCAACUCUGGAAGAUGUCGACUCAAAGUCUCUGCUUCUUCUGGAAUUUUCCAUCAUCAUAAAGAAGAUUCAGCGUCAGACAGUCGAGGACGGGUCGGUCUUUAUGUUUCACUGGGACUGACUGUAUCAGCAGCAAUCAUAGUUUUACUGAUCAAACAUCAAACAUGGAUCCAGAACUCAUUAGUGAAUCGGCUGAUGAUGAACUUUAAUUCAGUUGUUUAACUCUGAAGCUUCAGGAAGCAGCUGAUGGAUCCUGAACUCAUUUUGGAUUCUACUUUGGUAAACAGAAGAGAUCAUGAUCUCCAGUCCUGACAGCAAAACAAUCCCACAUCAUUACUCCUCCACCACUGUGCUUUACAGCUGCUGUUGAAUCUUUUCUGCUCAUGUUUUACUAAAUCUGUAAACAUGUUGUUGUUUAAAGCUAAAACUUCACUA